AAUAUCCAAUAUUGUUGUAUAAUACUUGUAAUAAUAUGCUUAUUUACUUACACCAUACUUUUAUAAUAUUCUAAAUAUACUUAUUCCAUUUAAGCCAACGUCGACGUCAUAUUUUAAUGACGACUAAUUGAAUGACUAUACACGUGUUAAACCAGUUUAUAGGUAGUGGCAUGAAUUAUAUAUUGAAUAUUGUGUCAUGUAAAAAUAAAAAGAAAAAAAGAAAAAGAAAAGAAAAAUCAAUUCACUAAUAAUAAUUGUUCGGCGAGUUGGACUUUCAACUCGGAAAUCCUAUUAAUUAUUAUAAUUGUGCGAACUACUUUAUUAAAGUUACAUAUUAAUAAAUACUCACAAAAUGCAAAAUUUGAGGUUAAUUGGAAAAUGCUGCAAUGUUUUUCGAACAUAUUAUUCGACUGCACGAAGCAUCGCUUCAAUUUCUUCCUUACCUGAGACACAUCAGAUGUUAUAUAAAACUUGCAGGGACUUUGCAGAAGGUGAACUGAAACCCAUUGCAGUAAAAUUAGAUAAAGAACAUCUUUAUCCAAAAGAACAAAUUAAAAAAAUGGGCGAGCUUGGUCUCAUGAGUAUUGCAAUUCCUGAAAGCUUAGGUGGAACUGGCUUAGAUUAUUUGGCAUAUGCAAUUGCCAUGGAAGAAAUAUCUAGAGGUUGCGCCAGUACAGGAGUAAUAAUGAGUGUACAUAAUUCAUUGUAUCUUGGACCUAUAGAAAAGUUUGGUACACAGGAGCAAAAAGAAAAAUAUAUUAGAACAUUUUUAGAUGGGCAAAAAGUUGGUUGCUUUGCUCUGAGCGAACCUGGUAAUGGAUCGGAUGCAGGUGCUGCUUCUACCACUGCAGUGAAAAAUGGAAAUAAAUAUGAGAUCAAUGGAACUAAAUCAUGGAUAACGAAUGGAUAUGAAGCAGAAGCAAUUAUUUUAUUUGCUACCACAGAUAAAUCAAAGAAACACAAAGGAAUAAGUAGUUUUAUAGUGGAUAAACCCAUAAGUGGUUUAUCCCUAGGUAAAAAAGAAAAUAAGCUGGGUAUAAGAGGUAGCAGUACUUGUUCUUUGAUAUUUGAAGAUUGCAAGAUACCAGAAGAAAAUAUUUUAGGAGAACCAGGAAUGGGUUUUAAAAUUGCAAUGAUGACAUUAGAUUCUGGAAGAAUAGGUAUUGCCUGCCAAGCCCUUGGAAUAGCCCAAGCAUCUCUCGAUUGUGCUGUAGAAUAUGCAGCAAAGAGAGAAGCAUUUGGAAGUCCCAUUGCAAAAUUACAAACCAUUCAACAAAAAUUGGCAGAUAUGGCUUUAAAAUUGGAAAGCUCCAGAUUAUUAACAUGGAGAGCUGCACACCUUAAAGAUAUUGGUAAAUCAUAUACGAAGGAAGCUGCUAUGGCAAAACUAUCGGCAUCUGAAGCUGCUACUUUCUGUGCACAUCAGUGUAUACAAAUAUUGGGUGGUAUGGGUUAUGUCACUGAUAUGCCAGCAGAACGAUAUUAUAGAGACGCGCGCAUUACAGAAAUAUAUGAAGGAACCUCAGAAAUACAAAAAUUGGUUAUAGCUGGAAAUCUUAUAAAAGAAUAUAAUUUCAGUUAAAUUGUAAUUUGUACGCACAAGCUAUAUAUUUUUAUAUAUUUUUUAUAUGGCAUAUUUUGAUAUAUAAGAAAAGAAACAAUACAUGUUCCACAUACCAUGCCUUCUACUUUUAUUCGCUUUUGACUAUGUAAAUAUUUGACACAAAUAUACAUGCAUAUAUGUAUGUGUGCUAAUGCACAGCAUACAUUUACACAUA